AUGUUGAAAUUCCUAAUUUUCUUCUCAAUUUUCCUUCAACUUCAAGCUAAUCAGCAAAUUGUGGACAAUUGUUCAGAUUGUGAUGAAUUGUCAAAAUUGGACUUUCCUUCGUUCAAAAAAUCUGUUCAUAGAUAUUUUAAUGUAACUCUCAGAAAUUUUUUUUCUGGAAAAUAAUGUUAUUUUCAGUUUUGCCACGCAGACCAUAAAGGACGGGGUCGUGGAUCUGUUUGUGAUCCGAAAAUUGAAAAGUUUUACGUUUUUUUGAAAAGUGCUGAAAAUCCAGCGGAAAAAUGUCUGAAAAUGGGUUAUUGUAAAUAA